UGUUUGUCUGUAGAUCUGAGGUAAACGAUCAAUGAAACAUUUUCAGCUUUUUUUUUUUAAUUAAUAUGUUAAUGGUUGUUUAUUUUUCAAAGCGCAACAGUUUCAUCGCGUUUAGGAACAAAUUUUUCUACAUAUUUUAACUAUUCCACUGAAAAGAUCAACUGACGUAAUCAUCAUGACGUCAUGUGGGAGUACAGUGGACGACGACGACACGUUUAAGAUCCUGGUCGCCACAGAUAUCCAUCUGGGCUACCUGGAGAAGGACGCUGUCAGAGGCAACGACACGUUUUUGACGUUUGACGAGAUCAUGAAAUGCGCAAAACAAAAUGACGUGGACUUGGUGUUGCUGGGUGGAGAUCUGUUUCAUGACAACAAGCCGUCACGUAAAGCUCUGCACUGCUGCAUGGAGGUGAUGAGGAAGUACUGCAUGGGUGAUAAACCCAUCCUGUUCGAGAUCAUCAGCGAUCAGGCGGUCAACUUCGGGAGCAGCAAGUUCCCGUGGGUGAACUACCAGGAUGAGAACCUCAACAUCUCCAUACCUAUAUUCAGUGUUCACGGCAACCAUGACGACCCGACCGGGGCUGAUGGUCUGUGUGCUCUGGACGUGUUGAGUUGUGCUGGUCUGGUAAAUCAUUUUGGACGCAGCCGUUCGGUGGAGAAGGUGGAGAUCAGCCCCAUCCUGCUGCAGAAGGGAAACACUAAGAUCGCUCUAUAUGGCCUCGGUUCGAUCCCAGAUGAAAGGCUGUACCGAAUGUUCGUUAAUAACCAGGUUUCUAUGCUCCGUCCCCGUGAGGACGAGGACGCUUGGUUCAACCUGUUCGUCAUCCAUCAAAACAGGAGUAAACACGGUGCCACUAACUACAUCCCUGAGCAGUUUCUGGAUGAUUUCCUGGACCUGGUCAUUUGGGGUCACGAGCACGAGUGUAAGAUCGCUCCGGUCCGAAACGAGCAGCAGCUUUUCUACAUCACACAGCCAGGGAGCUCCGUCAUCACCUCACUGUCUCCAGGGGAAGCUGUUAAAAAGCACAUCGGCCUGCUCAGGGUAAAGGGCAGGAAAAUGAAUUUGCAGAAGAUUCCUUUACACACAGUGAGACAGUUUUAUAUUCAGGACGUGGUUCUUUUGGAUCAUCCGGAUCUUUUCAGCCCCGAGAUUCCCAACAUCACACACAAAAUACAGGCUUUCUGUCAGCAGAAGGUUGAAGAGAUGUUGGAGGAGGCAGAGCGAGAGAGACUCGGGAACCCACUAACACCUGAUAAACCUCUCAUUAGACUACGGGUGGACUACAGCGGAGGGUUCGAAUCGUUCAACACGAUGCGUUUCAGUCAGAAGUUUGUGGAUCGAAUAGCGAAUCCUAAAGACAUUCUGCAUUUCAUCCGACACAGAGAGAGUAAAGAGAACGUGAAAGAGGAGAGUAUAGACUUUGGUUCGCUCCUGUCUCGGCCGUCUUCAGAUGUUUUGCAGUUACGAGUUGAGGAUCUGGUGAAGGAGUACUUUCAGACUGCAGAGAAGAACAUGCAGCUGUCCCUGCUGACGGAGCAGGGGAUGGGAAAAGCUGUGCAGGAGUUUGUGGAUAAAGAGGAACGAGACGCCAUCGAGGAGCUCAUUAACUACCAGUUGGAGAAAACGCAGCGCUUUCUCCAGGAACGAAAUGUGGAGGCCAGCGAGGAGAAGAUCGACGAGGAGAUUUGCCGAUUUAGAGAUUCAAAGAAGAACACAGCAGAGGAGGAUGAAGAAGUGCAAGAGGCGAUAAACCGGGCGAGGACACACAGGGACCGACCGCAUUCUGUUGGAGACCAUAAUUUAGACCAGUUAGACGAACCGCCCGACGUCACCAUGGAUUCUGACGAGGACGACGCCCCCCUACCACCGGUUCGGGGAAGAGGGCGGGGCUCUAGAGCCAGAGGAGGGAGGGGCCAAAGUGGUGGAGCAAGAGGAAGAGCACGAGGAGGUGGAGCACAGUCGAGUCGAGGUGGGCGGGGCCAGAAAGCUGCUUUUUCAAGUCCUGCAAAAAACAAGUCUAUAAUGGAAGCGUUUCAGGCUCCAAGGGGAUCUCGAGGUUCCACAAAAACCUAUGAGGAGGUCUCUAUAGAGGACAGCGACUCUGAGGACAGCGUGUCCUUUGUCAAGACGUCUCGGCCUGCACAGAAAUCCUCCUCUUUAUCCUCCUCUAGUACACGCGGCUCCCAGAGCCUCAGCCAAUCAAAUAAAGGAGUUUGCUUUGAUGAGGAUGAUGAUGAUGAUGAAUUUGAUCCGUUCAGGUCUGCAGGUUGUCGUAAAAGAUGAGUGGAUGAAGCCGCCUCUCUCCUCCUGUGUAUCUCUCUGUUCCUCCAGCUCUCAUUUUUCUUUAUUUCACCUUCUUCAGUUUGUUUUACUGCAACAAACAGCUGCUUCUGUAAUCCAGAGUCCAGAGUUUCUCCUCUCUCUCUCUCUCUCUCUCUCUCUCCUCCCUCUCUCUCUCUCUGCCUCCCUCCCUU